UUAACUUAAAAUAGCAUGUUAUCGAAACUUUUUAGAGGAUUCAUUUACUCUCUUUAUUCUUAAAAGCAAUUUGAAGAAUGCUAUUAUUAGUUUAACUAUUUCCUGCUUCUCACAACUGCCAGUCGAAGAUUAUGUUAUUUUUUUGAAAGCUAAAAUGCUUAAUCGGUGCUUUGAAAAGUGAUGGAGGCGGUGUGCAUAAACUACAAAUUAUAGAAUAGUCUGCAUUCUUCCUAGAAAUCUGUCAAGGCCAUCCGUGAAACAUACUUGCUUCCUUUUAAGCCGUUUCUGUAUCCCCUGGAACAUUGGUUACCUUAUCUAGAUAUAUAGCUAACAAUGUAACAUUAUUCAUUUGUGUUACAUAGAGUUUAAGUAGUAGGGCAUUGUGGCAGGCUACACUGUUGACAGCUACAUCCCCAUGAUAGAUAAACAAAGCGACUAGGGGGCGGGACGAUCAAGCUAGCUGACUAAUGUAAGAUAGAGCAUGUUUUCACAUAGCAAACAGUCACCGAUUUGAUUAUUGGACUCGUUUGAUUUACAAUAACAUCUAGCCAGUCCUAAAUUAGGCUGUGCAUGGUGUUCACCACUAACAAGAUCAUGGAAUACAAUAUUGGAGGCACCCAUUCGCUAGCAGGCCAGAUUGCUACCUAGCUAGUAGCGCUACCUAACUUGGACAUCAAAACAGUUUCUUAACUAGCUAGCUAACCAGCUAACUUCACAUAAAGAUUUUUGGCUGGGGUUACCUCAUUCAAUCUCAAAAUCGGAGGAACAGCUACUUUAAAGGAUUGCCAGAUAUCUUUUUUUGCUAUUCGAGGCGUUGUCAACUUCCUCCUUUGUGGCCAGCACCAGGCAACGUGAAGAUGCACCAUCCUAGCCCAGCGAGCAGGGAGCUGGGGUUCUUUCCCUCUCCCUUCUCUCCUUACCACAUGACUUUUCCUGACAUGACAGUCUCAAAGGAUUCCACCAAUGUAACAUGCCCCUUUUCAGGAGCAGAGUCCAAGUUAAAUACGAGCUGGGAGAGGCGCUGCCUGAGGAAGCAUAAGAGGAGAGAAGACGACGAAGCUUGCAGUCCUAAAAGAAGACGACUGACGGGAGAGGAGCCAGCGGAAGGUCCCAAACCUCUCUGGUCUCAGCACAGCUCCGCAACAGCAGCCCCCGUGGACCCUGCCCACGGGCUUCCUCAGCCUCUGAGGAGCCAGCAUGUGGACCUGACCAUCCCCAGCGCCCCCUCCCCUCCCCCUUCUGCCUCAGAUGCUGACGGGUCCUGCAUGGAGGUGGAGGCAGCACAGAGAAGACUGCAGGAGAUUGAGGACAGGAUUACAUUAGAGGACCUUGAUGAGGAAGAGGACCUUGAUGUGGAGCCAGCCCAGCGACGGCCUGUGCUGGUACUCUCAGACAGCUUAAAGCAGGGACUACAGCGGGGCAUCGGAGACAUUCUCCCCCACCACGUGGCCGAGUCUGUGAGUCAUUCAUGCAUGCAGUUGGUGGUAUGGCGUCCUCCAGAGGAUGCUCUGGCCCGCAGACUGAAGGACUCCCUCCAGCGGCAGCGCAAACAUCAACAACAGUAUGCCAGCAGGCAGUCCCCCAACACAGGCACUGCCAGGGCCCCAGCCACGCCCCCUCCGCAGAUGUGCCUCAAAAGCCUCAGCGAAGGAGCCCUCAGUCCAGCCUAUGGCUCACCAGCUGCCCAGGGUUCUGGAGAUGAAGACAUGGAGCUGUGAAGAGGCAGAACUGGCCUCCCUCCAUUUUGUAUGUCAGACUGGAUGCUGUGCCACCAUUUUGUGCAUCAGUGAUUGCUCUCACGUCCAGAGCAGAGGGCUAUCUAUGGAAGUAUUGGCUGUGGGUAUAAACUAGGUGAUGUACUUGCCAAAAAAAAUGCCAUUUACAUGGUUUUGGAAUUGCACUAUGGUUAAUGGGAUGAUGGUUGUAUUAGUGUCACGUUGUGCAGAAGAGAAACAGGGACCACUGCGAAGGACUAUCUGUUUUCGAAAGUUAAUUGCUAUGUACUGCUUUGUAUUUUCAAGUAAUUCAGUAUAAACCACACUAGUGAUAAUACAAGUGUUAAGUUUUGUUUUGUUACUAAAGGUUGAGCAAAAGAGUUAUGGAAACAUACUUUAUAAUACAUUUUUCCCCAGCCAAAAUAUUACUUGCACUUUUGAUGAGUUGAGUGCAAUUUGCCAUUUCUUUCUUUCUAAGUUUAGAUGGCUUUAAAAGAGAACAGCUAUUUAAUGAUAUGUACUGAAACAUGUCUUUUAUGGCAUAGCUUAGCAUGUUUUCUUUUCUUUUUUAAAUACAUUAUUUACAUAAAAAAACAUUAUUUUCUUGUUCUUAGAACAGGAAGUAAAUGUUCCUCUCAAAAAUGAGAAGAGGGCUGCAAAAAGUACCUGCUGCUUUGGCUAAGAGUGGACCCAGAUCUUACAAUGGAUUGUCUAAGUGAUGGAUUUAAGUACAGAAAAAUGCAUACCUUCCAAAGAAAUUUUUUUUGCAAUGUACUAGGCAUGGCCAUCCAUUCUGCCUUAAAAAAUAAAUAAAGCACGACACCUACGAUUAAAUCUCGUUUGUAAAUUGUUGUCAUGUUUGAGUUUAUUGCUUAUAAGAUAUACUAAGUCUAUAAUAUGUGUGUGAUUUUUUGGGAAUAAAAUAAUUAUAACAA